AUGUUACGACUCGCUUCCAAAAUCACACGACUCACAUUGGAGUCCAAAAACAAACAGGUCACUCAAGCCAAGAAGAUGAUUGGACAGGCUGAUGCAUCCAAAAAGUCCAUCAAAACUGAAAUUAUUGGAUGCACAGUGAUCCUCCAAUGUAUCAAUAACGAUGGUGCAGCAGUGGAGUUGCAAGAAAAGAAUUCAUCCCAACAUGUCAUGAAGAAAAUGUUUGACAAGUUUCAAGAUUUAAAAACAUGGCAUGAAUGGUCCUCUCCACUUCAUUCCAAAGCUUACUUCCACAACAAUCAAAAAACAAACACGCUUUCGAUUGGAACUAAAUUCUCUCAGGAUUUGAAUUUGGGGUUUCCGAUCGGAUCAAAGACUUCUCAUGAAUGCAUCACUGGUUUAAUAUCAUCAGAGGAACAAUGUACCAUCCAAUGGAGUAAGGAAGAGGGUGGAUUAGCGUCGUGUCACAUAUGGUCGUUCGAUUGCUUAUCAUCCACUCAAUUACAAAUCACAAAUGUUGAAGUUUUUCAUGGCAUUCCAAUGGUAUUGGUUCGACCACUUGUUUCAAAAAAGUGGAAUCAACUGUUUGAACAGUCCCUCGAAGGUUUUUUGAAGGAAUUUAAUGUCGUCACAAAUCAAGUUGAAGUGGAGUAG